AUGAGGCCGAUUUUACUAUUCCUGGCCGCCCUGGCCGGAUCGGUCCUUUCCGGUGCUUCUAUAUUUUCGCGGAGCCGACAUCGGCCUCCAUUUUUAUUGGGCAGACCGCCAGGAGGGCAUUUGAGAUCUUCCUACUACCAUUCGACACCCGGCACCUCCACCCUGGACGGCGACAACCCGUGGCCGUGGGUAGAGACGAAUUGGUUCACCCAAAAGCUCGAUCAUUUUGACCCGAGGAAUAUGGCAACUUGGCAACAGAAAUACUACCAAAAUUCGAAGUACUACCAGAAUCAGAGCCUGAUCUUUUUGAUGAUAGGGGGAGAAGGACCGGAGCCGGUAAAAUGGGCCGGAAAUCCUGAUGUCUCCUACCUAAAAUGGGCCGCGAAAUACGGGGCGAUGGUGUUCGACCUGGAGCAUCGAUUCUUUGGCGACAGCUGGCCGAUCAAGAGCAUGGAAUACGACGCGUUGACGCUGUGCACCACCCAGCAGGCCCUCGCCGACAUUGCCAAUUUUAUCACGGCGAUGAACCGGAAAUUCGGAUUCAGCAACCCGCGAUGGGUUACGUUUGGGGGCAGUUAUCCAGGCUCGCUAUCGGCAUUCUUCCGGGCCAAAUACCCCGAUCAUACCGUUGGCGCCAUCGCCAGCUCGGCGCCGGUGAACUUGAAGCUUGAUUUUUAUGAAUACGCCAUGGUUGUCGAGGAUGACGUCACGAUCACCGACCCAACGUGCCCGGGCGAAAUUCAGAAGGCCUUUUCCCAGAUGCAACAAAUGACGCUCACCGUCCAGGGCCGGAACGACUUGAACAAGAUUUGGAACCUCGACCCACCGUUCGACAACUCCACCACCAAACUCGAUAUUACCAACUUUUUGGCGAACGUGUACUCGCUAUUCCAAGGGAUGAUCCAAUACACAUACGAUGGACAGUCCGACUUGACGCAUCAGAACAUCACCGCCCGCGCGCUGUGCAACCUGAUGACGAACAAGGAUGAGGCCGACCCGGUGAAGCGGGCUUAUAAUGUGUGGGGAUGGUAUCAAUAUUUCUACGGCGACCCCACGCAGGACAAUUCCAAGUUCCCGAACAGCUACUGGGACAUGAUCACGGCGAUGAGCCAGAAGAACGUGACGCUGAUGGAUGAGAAUGGCGCCGAUCGUGGGUGGAUGUGGCUGUGCUGCAACGAGAUUGGCUUCUUGCAGACCACCGACCAGGGCAAGAACAUCUUUGGGUCGACGGUGCCGAUCAACUACUUCAUCGACAUGUGCACCGACCUGUUCGGGCCGGCGGUUAAUGUCAAUUUUGUGCGCGACAACAACAAAAUGGCUCAGAAUUACUAUCAAGUGGCUAGUGAGGCAACCAACAUCGUGCUUCCAAACGGCUCCCUAGACCCCUGGCACGCACUUGGAACGUAUACGGUCGACGCGGCAAAUGGAGUGGCACCAAUUUUGAUUAAUGGCACCGCCCACUGCUCGGAUAUGUACCCCGUCUACGAUGGCGAACCUGGAGCGCUGGUGGCCGCCCGGCUUUUCAUUGAGCAGAAUUUGGCCUCGUUCAUCGCCCCACGAGACCAUACUCAACCUUCAAUUCCUACGAUCUUCCCUGUAACAUCUGUUUACAUGCCGACAACCACGCAAAAUGUUCCUACAGUGACUAUUACGGGAAAUCCGGUUACCGUGACUGGCCCAACAGUAACGGCACCUACCGUAACCAUGCCGGUUGUUACGACAGCGAAUGGAGGAGUGACUACAGCAAAUGAUGUGACUACUAAGGCACCAAACCCGACCCAAGCUACGAACCUUCCGAUUUCUCCGGUGACCGAACAUACUGUACAGAGUUCUGCUGCUCCUCCAAUUACUGGAGCUACAGUAACGGGCGCUGGACCCUCGGCCGGUACUGCUACAACUGGAGGUCCUGGCGGCGUCCCGACCACCACCAAGACUUCCAUCAGAAUUUCGUACCUCAGCGCUGUGAUGUUAUUUGUUGCACUGUUUGUU